CCCCUCUUCGACAGCUGUUCGCCUGCCAUUGCACCGUAGUUAGCCCUCCUCUGCUUCAGCUUCAUAGUUGCCUUCUUUCUUCCCCGUCCCAGCCCUCCAACCCUCCGACCCUCCCACCCCGCACUCACCACGAACCUCGGGAUCACCGCCGAACAAAGAAAACAUCCGUGACAAUGCCGACGCCAAUCAUCGACUCUCAUAUUCAUCUCUUCCCAGAAUCGCAUCUCCGCACCCUGGCCUGGUAUGGACCCGGCAGCCCUCUAGGAUCCCAGCACUCAAUCGACGAGUAUCGCCUCGCAACAGCCUCCACUCCCGCCUCCCCGGACUCAGCCCAACCGCUCUAUCUCAGGGGUUUCAUAUUCCUCGAAACCGACCGUAUCUCCUCAGUCGAAGAGGCAGGACAGGGUGGCUGGUCCCUCGCCCUCGACGAGGUCUCCUUCCUUACUCGGAUUAUCACUGGAGAGCCCGUCCCCGGGGAAGGACACAAAGAUGUAGAUCGCGAGCUCUGUCUGGGCAUAGUGCCCUGGGCACCUGUUCCCGGAGGCCCUGCUGCUCUGGAGAAGUACAUGGCACAGGUGAAAGAACGGACCCGAACAGAGGAAGCACACAAAAAGGUUCGUGGAGUUCGGUACCUGGUUCAGGAUAAGCCGAGAGGAGUCAUGCUCGAGUCCGGUUUCAUUGAAGGGUUGAAAUGGCUGGGAAGGCAGCAGUUAAUCUUUGAUCUUGGGGUGGAUGCCCGGCAAGGCGGGAUUUGGCAGCUGAGGGAGGCUGCCGAGAUGAUCAAUAAGGUCUACCAUGGCGUGGAGAAGAAGGAUAGAGUCAAGAUCAUUAUUAAUCACUUGUGCAAGCCGAAUCUUCGGCUUCCAUUCUCGUCGCCUGAUUCUAUCGCUACACACCCAGAUUUCCUGGAAUGGAGCUCCCUCGUCACGGCCAUGGCUCAGCAUUCGUCCACGUAUAUGAAGCUUUCCGGUGGAUUCUCAGAGUUGCUCCCGCUUGUGGCCGAGUCGGAGCCCGAUAUUGCGUCCCUGGUUGAGCAGAUUCGGUUAUGGACGGAUGUCGUCUUUGAUGCUUUCGGGCCGGAGAGAGUCAUGUUUGGGUCUGACUGGCCGGUGUGUAAUGUGGGUGGAGGCGGUAAUUCAGUGGCUUGGAGACGUUGGAAGAGUGUGGUGGAGGGUAUCCUGGAGCGGAGAGGUCUAUCCCAGGACCAAAAGGAAGGCGUCUGGGGCGGAGUUGCAGUCAAAGCAUAUGGGAUUGAAAUAUAAAUGUCAUUCACACGCGAGAAUAUGUACACCGAUUGCCAAGUAUGUUCACAUCAGAAUGCAGGUCCAUC